GCCUGCCCUGCGGGGCCGUCGGCGCCCAUCCGCGCCCAGCGCCCCGCACCCCCCGUGCAGCGGCGCCCGCCCGGGCCGCGCGCAAACUUCCCGGGCCGGAUGGGCGCCCGGGCCGGCGGCGGCGGUGCCCAUGGACGCUAACCGCCCGGGCGCGUUCGUGUUGAGCAGCGCGCCGCUGGCUGCGCUGCACAACAUGGCCGAGAUGAAGACGUCGCUGUUCCCGUACGCGCUGCAGGGCCCGGCCGGCUUCAAGGCACCCGCGCUGGGCGGGCUAGGCGCGCAGCUGCCGCUAGGCACCCCGCACGGCAUCAGCGACAUCCUGGGGCGGCCCGUGGGCGCGGCCGGCGGCGGCCUCCUGGGCGGCCUGCCCCGUCUCAACGGGCUCGCCUCGUCGGCCAGCGUCUACUUCGGGCCCGCGGCCGCCGUGGCGCGCGGCUACCCCAAGCCGCUGGCCGAGCUGCCCGGACGCCCGCCCAUCUUCUGGCCCGGCGUGGUUCAGGGCUCUCCCUGGAGGGACCCGCGCCUGGCGGGCCCGGCCCAGGCCGGCGGGAUCCUGGACAAGGACGGCAAGAAGAAGCACUCGCGGCCGACCUUCUCGGGCCAGCAGAUCUUCGCGCUGGAGAAGACCUUCGAGCAGACCAAGUACCUGGCGGGCCCGGAGCGCGCGCGCCUCGCCUACUCCUUGGGCAUGACCGAGAGCCAAGUCAAGGUGUGGUUCCAGAACCGCCGAACCAAGUGGCGUAAGCGGCACGCGGCGGAGAUGGCAUCGGCCAAGAAGAAGCAGGACUCGGAUGCCGAGAAGCUGAAGGUGGGCGGCUCCGACGUGGAGGACGACGACGAGUACAACCGGCCCCUGGACCCCAACUCGGACGACGAGAAGAUCACGCGGCUGCUCAAGAAGCACAAACCCUCGAACUUAGCGCUGGUCAGCCCGUGCGGCGGCGCGGGGGACGCCUUGUGAGGGCUCACGAGGCCGGAGGGCCAGGGUGGGGCGCAGCCGGCCCUCCCCGCCUCCAGCCGGCGUUGUAUAUAUAUUUUUACAGAAUAAGUUAUAAAGCUGCCGGCUCGGGCUCGGCGGAAUCACUUUGUAUCAUCAAUAAAUUAUUUAACACGGCCCCGUCGGAGCCGCGGCUCCGGCUGCACCGCGUGUUUCUUCCCGUUCUGUCUCGGCGCCUGGGUCGUGCGCGGCGAAACCAGCCAGGUGCCCGCGCCCUAGAGCGGAGGUUGAGGGCUGCUCGGGCUUCUCCGGGGACAGCGAAGGCCCGGCGCGCAGGAGGGCGGCCCGGCCCUGCGAACCCUAGGCGGGAAGGAGCCGCUGGGUGCGGCGCUGGAGGAGCUGCAAGGAGCCAGACGGAGCGGGGCGCGGCGCC